CAGCCCAGGGGCUUGGGUGGCAUCCUGGGCAGGGCAGGACAGGGGACUGAGUCGUGGGUAGGGGAGAAUGCGACUCUCUAAAACCCUCGUCGACAUGGAUAUGGCUGACUACAGUGCCGCUCUGGACCCAGCCUACACCACCCUGGAGUUCGAAAAUGUGCAGGUGUUGACCAUGGGCAAUGACACAUCUCCGUCUGAAAGUGCCAACCUCAACUCAUCCAACAGCCUGGGUGUCAGUGCCCUGUGUGCCAUCUGUGGAGAUCGGGCCACAGGCAAACACUACGGAGCCUCCAGCUGUGACGGCUGCAAGGGCUUCUUCAGGAGGAGCGUGAGGAAAAACCACAUGUACUCCUGCAGGUUUAGCCGGCAGUGUGUGGUGGACAAAGAUAAGAGGAACCAGUGCCGCUACUGCAGGCUCAAGAAGUGCUUCCGGGCUGGCAUGAAGAAGGAAGCUGUGCAAAAUGAGCGGGACCGGAUCAGCACGCGGAGGUCAAGCUAUGAGGACAGCAGCCUGCCCUCCAUUAAUGCGCUCCUGCAGGCAGAGGUCCUGUCUCAGCAGAUCACCUCUCCUGUCUCUGGGAUUAAUGGUGACAUUCGGGCAAAGAAGAUUGCCAACAUAACAGAUGUGUGUGAGUCCAUGAAGGAACAGCUGCUGGUUCUGGUCGAAUGGGCCAAGUACAUCCCAGCCUUCUGCGAGCUUCUUCUGGAUGACCAGGUGGCGCUGCUCAGAGCCCAUGCUGGUGAGCAUCUGCUGCUUGGGGCUACCAAGAGGUCCAUGGUGUUCAAGGAUGUGCUGCUCCUAGGCAAUGACUACAUUGUGCCUCGGCACUGCCCGGAGCUAGCAGAGAUGAGCCGUGUGUCCAUUCGCAUCCUUGACGAGCUGGUCCUGCCCUUCCAGGAGCUACAGAUCGACGACAAUGAAUAUGCCUGCCUCAAAGCCAUCAUCUUCUUCGACCCAGACGCCAAGGGGCUGAGUGACCCAGGCAAGAUCAAACGGCUGCGGUCGCAGGUGCAGGUGAGCCUGGAGGACUACAUCAACGACAGACAGUAUGACUCCCGGGGCCGCUUUGGCGAGCUGCUGCUGCUGCUGCCCACCCUGCAGAGCAUCACCUGGCAGAUGAUUGAGCAGAUCCAGUUCAUUAAGCUCUUUGGCAUGGCCAAGAUUGACAACCUGCUGCAGGAGAUGCUGCUUGGAGGAUCUGCCAGCGAUGCGCCCCAUGCUCACCACCCCUUGCACCCCCACCUGAUGCAGGAACACAUGGGCACCAAUGUCAUAGUUGCCAACACGAUGCCCUCUCACCUCAGCAAUGGACAGAUGUGUGAGUGGCCCCGACCCAGGGGGCAGGCAGCCACCCCUGAGACUCCACAGCCAUCACCACCAAGUGGCUCAGGAUCUGAACCCUACAAGCUCCUUCCAGGAGCCAUCACCACUAUCGUCAAGCCUCCCUCUGCCAUUCCCCAGCCAACGAUCACCAAGCAAGAAGCCAUCUAGCAAGUCACUGGGGGUUGGGGGUUCUGUUGGCUCACACCCUCAGAGACCGCCUGGUUGAAACUUAGUCACAGCAAGGAAGAUGUGACAAGAGGGCCAGUCCCAGAGCAGCCACGGAAAGGGUGUAGGGCCCAAAAACACGCAUUGCCAACCUCUGACCCCACAUCCCAGAGGGCAGGGCUUUGCUUUGAGGAGACCCCGGCUGGGAAGUCUUCCACUGCUUGGACUACUUUUCUCAAGUUGAAGCCACUGUCUUCAUCUUCCUCUGUAUCUUCCUGCAACUUCUUCACCCCUGAAAGGACGGCCAUCUACAGAUGCUACAGGAUUUUGUUUAAACACACGUCCCUUCUCCCCCAGGUGGGGCCCCUUCCUUCCUGGUGCUGGUCAGGGCGGUCUGGAUGCCAAGACUCUGAGCCUGGGUCAACUUGCAGUGUGGUACUCCUCCCUCUCCUGCUGUGCCGACCUCAGGUUACCCUCUACCCCAUCCUCUCUUGUAACCUUCCUCAGCCAUUCUGACUUCUCCGAAGCCACUUCUCUGGAGGGCAAGGAAGAUGUGGCAGCCAUUUCCCCCAUUCAUUCUGAGAACCUUGUGUAAGCACUGACCUGGGUCAACACAUUGUUCUUUCAAGCACUAGGCUGUAACUUUGAAGUAAUAAG